AUGGAAUGUGAUGUUUUGGUAGUCAAUGUCAGUGAUGAAGCAUUGUGGUACUGGGUGUCACUAUCUGAAAUUAAAGGACUUGACAGUCGUUUUGAAAAUGAUUGCCCUGGAAAUGUUGUAAUGGUGAUGAUGAAGACUAAAAGCUACUCCUUAGGACCUGAUUUGGACUUUUGCCCCUCCCAAAGCUUCAUUUUUUAUCUCCUCAUUCAUCAAAAGAGAAAUGGGUAA